ACAAGAUGAGACGAUGAGGUCAUGCGGAUGGCCAGUGCGAGAUAAAACAGCACUGAGUGAUUGGGCGUGGACAGAUGAAGCGAGAUAAGAGAGUUGCCAGGGUAGGGGAAAUGUGUAGUAGAGUCAAUCUGGCAAGUCUGAGGAGUCUCUCGUACCUGCAAUCACAAAUACCCCGCAUGAGACAAGAAUGCAACGGGUUUAAGGAUCAACACUCCUCCUUGGUUGAUUAUCGUGUCGAGAGGUAUUUUCAAGCUUUACAGAUACCCCGGAUCCAGAAGUCGUGACGAAGACGAUGGAGACUCCCCUGGUUGUCGAUAUCCAUACCCAUGUGUACCCCCCCUCGUACAUGGAUAUGCUGCGCGCUCGCCGGACAGUCCCGUAUGUGCACGAUCCGCCGUCCGGGGCGUUGCCCAGACUGAUCAUUCUGUCGUCCGACGACGACCAGUCUAUCCCCCUCGAUCAGCGAGGACGGCCGGUCGAUACGUCCUACUCGGAUAUAAACGUCAAGCUUGCUUUUAUGCGGCAGCACGGUAUCAACUCGAGCGUGAUCUCUCUUGCCAAUCCGUGGCUCGACUUUCUGGCACCGGAAGAAGCGCAGAUCUGGGCCCAACGGAUCAACGAUGAUCUGGAGGGGACCUGCGCGCGAGUCAAUAGCGCGGCAGAUCCGGAGAAAAGGCUCGGUCUGCAUGAGAAAGAGACUCUCUUCGCGAUGGGAGCCCUGCCAUUGAGUGCCCCGUCUGCAGAUAUCAUCGUCGGGGAAAUCCACCGGCUCAAGACGCUGCCACAUAUCCGGGGGGUCAUCAUGGGAACUUCCGGGUUAGGCAAAGGGUUAGACGACAGGAGACUCGAUCUCGUCUGGGCCGCGUUGCAGGAGACUGGGUUGAUUCUGUUUCUACAUCCACACUACGGUCUACCUGACGAAGCGUUCGGGGGACCAGAUGCAACGAACCGAUACGGCCAUGUGUUGCCGCUGGCACUUGGGUUCCCGCUGGAGACCACCAUUGCAGUGACGCGGAUGCUGUUGUCCGGUGUAUUCGAUCGCUUUUCUCGCCUGAAAAUUCUCCUGGCUCAUUCAGGAGGCACGCUGCCAUUCCUCGCUGGCCGCAUUGAGAGUUGCAUCCUCCACGAACGCAAGUUCCUCGCGAAUGGAGGCAACGUCCCUGGUCCUCAACGGAGUGUAUGGGAUAUCCUCAGAACCAAUAUAUAUUUGGACGCCGUAGUCUACGGGAAAGCUGGUCUAGAAGCCGCAGUGCAGGCUUCUGGGGGGGCUGAUCGACUUCUCUUUGGAACCGAUCACCCUUUCUUCCCACCACUAGACGACAAAGAGGGCGAAGACUGGCCCAGUGUAACCACAAAUUAUAAAGCAAUCAACGCCUCCUUCGCCGGGGAUGCGGAUUCAAUCUCUGCAGUCCUAGGAGGAAACGCAGUGCGGAUCUUGGAUCUAAAGUAGAUCAUGAACUAGCAUAUAUCGAAUUAUCACUUGACAGCUUGAGGAAAUAAAUAUAGUAUAGUCGA